CUUGCGGUCACGCGCGCUCAACAGGAAGUGUGCGCGCGCGCUACUCCGGAGCGGCCACGUCAGGGAAACUUGACAACAUAAAAAGCUUCAGUAAGAGCAACACUCGGGGAAGAACAGCGUUUUAAAGCGACAGGGAGCCUCUCGCAGGACGUCUUCCGCUCGGAAUCCCCCCUUCUGCUCCUUCCCCCGGACUCUCAGAGGUGGUGAACCCCAAGAACCAGAAUGUCAGACAUCGGGGACUGGUUUAAAAGUAUCCCGUUCAUUACCCGUUACUGGUUCGCGGGGUCAAUCAUAGUCCCACUUAUCGGGAAGCUGGGACUCGUGAGCCCCGUCUAUCUCGUUCUGUGGCCGGACUAUUUCCUUCACAAGUUUCAGAUAUGGAGACCCAUCACCUCGACGCUCUACUUUCCUGUGGGUCCCGGGACGGGCUUCCUGUACCUGGUCAACCUCUACUUCCUGUACCAGUACUCCACCAGACUGGAGACAGGUGCCUUUGACGGAAGACCAGCAGACUACAUCUUCAUGCUGCUCUUCAACUGGAUUUGCAUCGUCAUAACUGGCUUAAUCAUGGACAUGCAGCUCUUGAUGAUCCCCCUCAUCAUGUCUGUGCUGUAUGUGUGGGCCCAGCUGAACCGGGACAUGAUAGUUUCAUUCUGGUUCGGGACACGGUUCAAGGCCUGUUACCUUCCAUGGGUCAUUCUUGGGUUUAACUACAUCAUCGGAGGCUCCAUCGUCAAUGAGCUCAUCGGCAAUCUUGUCGGCCACCUCUACUUCUUCCUCAUGUUCAAGUACCCAAUGGACCUGGGGGGCAGGGCCUUCCUAUCGACACCGCAGUUCCUGUACCGCUUUUUCCCUAGCCGACGCGGCGGCGUCUCCGGCUUCGGCGUCCCUCCACCCAGCAGAAGACCCGUGGCCCAGGAUCAGGGUGGGGCGGGGGGAGGCCGCCACAACUGGGGCCAGGGCUUCCGGCUGGGGGACGAGUGAGGAGCGCCCGGCCACGCCCCACCCCACUGUGUGACAUCAGCACUGACUUCACUGUGCAGGUGGAAGCGCUGCAGAGAGCAGAUGGCCUUUCCCUUGGACAGCUCGUACUGAGGAAAAACAUUGACUACUUGUCCACUGGCGAUUGUUGCUGCCCGAGUGCAGCAUGCUGUUGUUUCUUUGUUUACUGUGUUCUUUUAUGCCAUAUCAUAUUUCCCAUAAUUAACAUCCCUGUUGUGUAGAGAGACCUGAAGCGCUUGGGCUGAGCUGCAUCUGUGUCGUUUUGGGUUAAACAUCUCUGGCAUUGCAUUACGUUUCAGAGCAGGUCUGAACGGG